GGCUCGCUUGGGGUAGGGAGUGUCUGGGAUGCGACGCGCCCCUCGGGCGGGGGGUGCCGCCGGCGGGUGUCCUGGGGCGGGCUUCUGGGCCUCGGGAGCGCGGGAGGCGGCCGCCGCUCCGGCUGGCAGGCUGCGGAUGCUUGGUGCCCGCAGCCGAUGGGAGGCGGCGUGAGCCCGACAGAGCGCGAGCGCUCGAGCGCAGCCUCCUCCCGCUCCCACAAUGCACAGGGCGGCGGCGACGGCGGCAGCAUCACCGGCCGCCGAAGCGGCGGCGGCGGCGACCCCAAGGCCCCUGGGCACGCGGAGCGCUCGCGCCGGCUCGCGGAGAGCCCGGGAGUGAUGGCGAGGCCCCCGCGGGCCGCCCGCGCCUGAGGCGCCCCGCCCCGUCCCGUCCGGCGCGGCCCGCCCCGCCCCGCCCGGCCCAGCCCUGCUCCCUGCCGGCGGCAGCCCGGGCGCUUCCUAGUCGGCGGGGCGGCCGCCCGGGCGAGGUGCGGCCUCCGCGCGGGCGGGGGGCGUCGGCGCCGUGGGCCGCCAUGGCCGCGUCCGAGCUCUACACAAAGUUUGCCAGGGUUUGGAUACCUGAUCCUGAGGAAGUUUGGAAGUCGGCAGAGCUACUGAAAGAUUAUAAGCCGGGAGACAAAGUCCUUCUGCUUCACCUCGAGGAAGGAAAGGAUUUGGAAUAUCGUCUAGAUCCAAAGACCAAGGAACUGCCUCACUUAAGAAACCCUGACAUACUUGUGGGUGAAAAUGACCUCACGGCCCUCAGCUAUCUUCAUGAGCCUGCUGUGCUCCACAAUCUCAGAGUCCGCUUUAUUGAUUCAAAACUUAUUUAUACAUAUUGUGGUAUAGUCCUAGUAGCUAUAAAUCCUUAUGAACAGCUGCCUAUUUAUGGAGAAGAUAUUAUUAAUGCAUACAGUGGUCAGAACAUGGGUGAUAUGGAUCCACAUAUCUUUGCAGUGGCUGAAGAAGCUUACAAGCAAAUGGCCAGAGAUGAACGAAAUCAGUCCAUCAUUGUAAGUGGAGAAUCUGGGGCAGGAAAAACAGUCUCAGCUAAGUAUGCCAUGCGGUACUUUGCAACUGUAAGUGGUUCUGCCAGUGAAGCCAAUGUUGAGGAAAAGGUCUUGGCCUCCAACCCAAUCAUGGAGUCAAUUGGAAAUGCUAAGACAACCAGGAAUGAUAAUAGCAGCCGUUUUGGGAAGUAUAUUGAGAUUGGUUUUGAUAAGAGAUAUCGAAUCAUUGGUGCCAAUAUGAGAACUUACCUUUUAGAGAAAUCCAGGGUGGUGUUCCAGGCAGAAGAGGAGAGAAACUAUCAUAUCUUCUAUCAGCUUUGUGCCUCAGCAAAGUUACCUGAAUUUAAAAUGCUGCGAUUAGGAGAUGCAAAUAACUUUCAUUACACGAUGCAAGGUGGCAGUCCUGAGAUUGAAGGAGUGGAUGAUGCCAAGGAGAUGGCAAAUACCAGGCAGGCCUGCACUUUGCUAGGAAUUAGUGAAUCUUACCAGAUGGGAAUUUUCCGAAUACUUGCUGGAAUCCUUCACUUAGGCAAUGUUGGAUUUACGUCUCGAGAUUCAGACAGCUGCACAAUACCUUUAGAGAUGAUAAUGUUCACCCUGCCUAUUCUCCAGGAAUGUUAUCAGAUUCAGUUGAAACAUCCCAAGCAUGAACCUCUCAGCAUCUUCUGUGACCUCAUGGGUGUGGACUAUGAGGAGAUGUGUCACUGGCUCUGCCAUCGGAAGCUGGCUACUGCCACAGAGACAUACAUCAAGCCCAUCUCCAAGCUGCAGGCCACAAAUGCCCGUGAUGCUUUGGCCAAGCACAUCUAUGCCAAGCUCUUUAGCUGGAUUGUAGAUCAUGUCAAUCAAGCUCUCCAUUCUGCUGUCAAACAGCACUCUUUUAUUGGCGUGCUGGACAUUUAUGGAUUUGAAACAUUUGAGAUAAAUAGUUUUGAACAGUUUUGCAUAAAUUAUGCAAAUGAAAAACUGCAGCAACAAUUCAAUAUGCAUGUCUUCAAAUUAGAACAAGAGGAAUAUAUGAAGGAACAAAUUCCAUGGACACUCAUAGAUUUUUAUGAUAAUCAGCCUUGCAUUAAUCUUAUAGAAUCUAAACUGGGCAUUCUAGAUUUGUUGGAUGAGGAAUGCAAGAUGCCUAAAGGUACAGAUGACACUUGGGCCCAAAAGUUGUACAACACGCACUUGAACAAAUGUGCACUCUUUGAAAAGCCCCGUCUAUCAAACAAAGCUUUCAUCAUCCAACAUUUUGCUGACAAAGUGGAAUACCAGUGUGAAGGCUUUCUGGAAAAGAAUAAAGACACUGUUUUUGAAGAACAAAUUAAAGUUCUUAAAUCAAGCAAGUUUAAGAUGCUACCAGAAUUGUUUCAAGAUGAUGAGAAGGCCAUCAGUCCAACCUCAGCCACCUCUUCAGGGCGCACGCCCCUCACCCGCACUCCUGUAAAGCCCACCAAAGGCAGACCAGGCCAGAUGGCCAAAGAGCACAAGAAGACAGUGGGGCACCAGUUCCGAAACUCCCUUCACCUGCUUAUGGAGACCCUGAACGCCACUACCCCUCACUACGUCCGCUGCAUUAAGCCUAAUGACUUCAAGUUCCCAUUCACGUUUGAUGAGAAGAGGGCAGUGCAGCAGCUGAGAGCGUGUGGUGUCCUGGAAACCAUCCGAAUCAGCGCAGCGGGAUUCCCCUCGCGGUGGACUUACCAAGAGUUUUUCAGCCGCUACCGUGUCCUAAUGAAGCAAAAAGAUGUGCUGAGUGACAGGAAGCAAACGUGCAAGAAUGUAUUGGAGAAACUGAUCCUGGACAAGGACAAAUACCAGUUUGGAAAGACAAAGAUCUUUUUCCGUGCCGGUCAAGUGGCCUAUCUAGAAAAGCUGAGGGCGGACAAGCUGAGAGCCGCCUGCAUCCGGAUCCAGAAGACGAUCCGAGGGUGGCUGCUGCGGAAGAAGUACCUUCGCAUGCGGAAGGCGGCCAUCACCGUGCAGAGAUACGUGCGCGGCUACCAGGCCCGAUGCUAUGCUAAGUUCCUGCGCAGAACCAAGGCAGCAACCAUCAUUCAGAAGUACUGGCGCAUGUACAUAGUUCGCAAGAGGUACAAGAUUAAACGAACUGCUACUAUCGUUCUUCAGUCUUAUUUGCGAGGCUACUUAGCCAGAAAUAGGUAUCGCAAGAUACUCCGUGAGCACAAAGCAGUCAUCAUUCAGAAGUGGGUCCGGGGCUGGCUGGCUCGCACUUACUACAAGAGGAGCAUGCAUGCCAUUAUCUACCUUCAGUGCUGUUUCCGACGGAUGAUGGCCAGGCGCGAGCUGAAAAAGCUCAAGAUCGAGGCCCGAUCCGUGGAGCGCUAUAAGAAGCUCCACAUUGGCAUGGAGAACAAGAUCAUGCAGCUGCAGCGCAAAGUUGAUGAGCAGAACAAAGACUACAAAUGCCUCAUGGAGAAACUGACCAAUCUGGAAGGAAUAUACAACUCUGAGACUGAGAAACUACGAAAUGACUUAGAACGUCUUCAGCUAAGUGAGGAAGAAGCAAAGAUUGCCACCGGACGGGUCCUCAGUCUGCAGGAAGAAAUUGCCAAGCUCCGGAAAGACCUGGAACAAACUCAGUCAGAGAAAAAAUCCAUUGAAGAACGUGCAGAUAGAUACAAACAAGAAACUGAGCAGCUGGUAUCAAAUCUGAAGGAAGAAAAUACUUUGCUGAAGCAGGAAAAGGAGGCCCUCAAUCACCUUAUCGUGGAGCAGGCUAAGGAAAUGACAGAGACUAUGGAGAAGAAGUUGGUAGAAGAAACAAAACAACUGGAACUUGAUCUUAAUGAUGAAAGGCUGAGAUAUCAGAACCUUCUGAAUGAGUUCAGUCGCUUGGAAGAACGGUAUGAUGACCUCAAGGAAGAGAUGACUCUGAUGGUGAACGUGCCUAAGCCUGGACACAAGAGAACAGACUCCACCCACAGCAGCAAUGAGUCUGAAUACACCUUUAGCUCUGAAAUUACGGAAACUGAAGACAUUCCAUCAAGGACAGAGGAGCCAAGCGAGAAGAAGGUGCCUCUGGACAUGUCAUUGUUCCUCAAGCUCCAGAAGCGGGUCACAGAGCUGGAGCAGGAGAAGCAGGUGAUGCAGGAUGAGCUGGACCGCAAGGAGGAGCAGGUGCUCCGCAGCAAGGCCAAGGAAGAAGAAAGACCGCAAAUUAGAGGUGCAGAACUGGAGUAUGAGUCACUUAAGCGUCAAGAACUAGAAUCAGAAAACAAAAAACUGAAAAAUGAGCUAAAUGAGUUACGCAAGGCACUCAGUGAGAAAAGUGCCCCGGAGGUGACCGCUCCAGGUGCACCAGCCUACCGUGUCCUCAUGGAGCAGCUGACCUCUGUGAGUGAGGAGCUCGAUGUCCGCAAGGAGGAGGUCCUCAUCUUGAGGUCUCAGCUGGUGAGCCAGAAAGAGGCCAUCCAACCCAAGGAUGACAAGAAUACAAUGACAGAUUCCACAAUACUUUUGGAAGAUGUACAAAAAAUGAAAGAUAAAGGCGAAAUAGCACAAGCAUACAUUGGUUUGAAAGAAACAAACAGAUCAUCUGCUAUGGAUUGCCAUGAGUUGAAUGAGGAUGGAGAGCUGUGGCUGGUUUAUGAAGGGUUAAAACAAGCCAACAGGCUCCUGGAAUCCCAGCUCCAGUCGCAGAAGAGGAGCCAUGAGAAUGAGGCUGAAGCCCUCCGCGGGGAGAUCCAGAGCCUGAAGGAGGAGAACAACCGGCAGCAGCAGCUGCUGGCCCAGAACCUGCAGCUGCCCCCAGAGGCCCGCAUCGAGGCCAGCCUGCAGCAUGAGAUCACCCGGCUGACCAACGAAAACUUGUAUUUUGAGGAAUUAUAUGCAGAUGACCCUAAGAAGUAUCAGUCAUAUCGGAUUUCACUGUACAAACGGAUGAUUGAUUUGAUGGAACAACUUGAAAAACAAGAUAAGACUGUCCGGAAACUGAAAAAACAACUGAAAGUAUUUGCCAAAAAAAUUGGUGAACUAGAAGUGGGCCAGAUGGAGAACAUCUCCCCAGGACAGAUCAUUGAUGAACCCAUCCGUCCAGUCAACAUUCCCAGGAAAGAAAAGGAUUUCCAAGGAAUGCUGGAAUACAAGAAGGAGGAUGAGCAGAAACUUGUUAAGAACCUGAUUCUGGAACUGAAGCCGCGUGGUGUAGCAGUCAAUUUAAUUCCAGGGUUACCAGCAUAUAUCCUCUUUAUGUGUGUGCGACAUGCUGACUACCUGAAUGAUGAUCAGAAAGUAAGGUCAUUGCUAACAUCAACAAUUAACAGCAUCAAAAAAGUAUUAAAGAAAAGAGGUGAUGAUUUUGAAACUGUCUCCUUCUGGCUCUCUAACACAUGCCGAUUUUUGCACUGCUUGAAGCAGUACAGUGGAGAAGAGGGCUUUAUGAAACACAACACAUCUCGCCAGAAUGAACACUGCCUCACCAAUUUUGACCUGGCUGAGUACCGACAGGUGCUAAGUGACUUGGCCAUUCAGAUCUACCAGCAGCUUGUGCGGGUGUUAGAGAACAUCCUUCAGCCAAUGAUCGUCUCUGGCAUGCUGGAGCAUGAAACCAUUCAGGGCGUAUCUGGGGUGAAGCCCACAGGGCUAAGAAAGCGGACUUCCAGCAUCGCCGAUGAGGGCACCUACACGCUGGACUCCAUCCUCCGGCAGCUCAACUCCUUCCAUUCGGUCAUGUGUCAGCACGGCAUGGACCCCGAGCUAAUCAAGCAGGUGGUCAAGCAGAUGUUCUACAUUGUGGGGGCCAUCACCCUCAACAACCUCCUCCUGCGGAAGGACAUGUGCUCCUGGAGUAAAGGCAUGCAGAUCAGGUACAAUGUCAGUCAGCUGGAAGAAUGGUUGCGUGACAAGAAUCUGAUGAACAGUGGGGCUAAAGAAACCCUGGAACCUCUCAUUCAGGCUGCUCAGCUUUUGCAAGUGAAAAAGAAAACAGAUGAUGAUGCAGAAGCCAUUUGUUCCAUGUGCAAUGCGUUAACUACUGCCCAGAUUGUCAAAGUGUUAAAUUUGUAUACUCCAGUUAAUGAGUUUGAAGAACGAGUGUCUGUAUCGUUUAUUCGUACUAUACAGAUGCGUUUACGAGACAGGAAGGACUCUCCUCAGCUGCUCAUGGAUGCUAAACACAUCUUUCCUGUCACCUUCCCUUUUAACCCAUCCUCUCUCGCGCUGGAAACCAUCCAGAUCCCAGCCAGCCUGGGCCUGGGCUUCAUAUCACGGGUCUGAACGUGAGGGCAAGGCAAACAGGGACAGUACAUUUCUUGCCUGAAAUAAGAACCCAUUAUUUCCAGUGAGCUACUGAAAACACAUUUUUAAAGAGAAAGUACUGAUUAUCUCCUAAACAAGAGGUUCUUAACUGGAAAUCUCCCUAGAAUACUUUCAUCACCUUGGAAAGAAAGAUAGGCUCCUUUGUACUGUGUUACCUUUAUAGCAACACUCAUCCGCGAGCAGUUAGGUAUCCUGAGUUUACAUGCAGGUGAAUGACGAAAGGAAGGAAGAUAAAUGUGUCUUCAGAUGCCAGCAUCUAAAUGGUAUAAAAAAGGUAAAUUCCAGAUAUGAGCUGUUGUUAGGAAGGUGCCAACAAAGAACGUCGUCUGCACUACGCAGAACUGAAAGAAAAAUCGCCGUUGAGUACGUAUCAUAUCAGUUUAGGAAUCAGUUAUGCUGAUAUUGUCAAACUGGAUCAAAGAAAUAAACUGGCAAUAUGUAAAGUAAUUGGUCAAGUAACUUGCUUAUAUGUGUCACUAUGAUACAGAGAUACUAAGAGAAUGUUGGUUUGCUGUAUAGCAUAGAAGUCCAUUUGUACUGUAGUUUACUGAGCAUUUUAAAUUGCUGCUACAUACCGUGUUCUUUAAAAUGUAAGCGAUAUUCUUAGUAGGCACUACAACAAUAAGCUUCUCUUUUAUCAACUCUGUUUACAAUUCAGUCCGGUCACAGUUUUAACUGGAGUAUGUGCGAAUAUCUACAGAUUCCUCUGCCCAAGUAGCAGACACUGGGAAGUCCUGCAGUAACAUGACCAAAUGUUUGACAUUUAGGGGUAGAAUUAGACAAAGUGGCUCUUGUUGGUGUCAUUAUUUAUUCAGGGUGUAUGACACCGAUGUGCUUGUUAGUUUUCCCUGGGUGGAUAUCACAUCAGGGGACAGUGUUCUGUGAAGUGACUUAUUUUUAGUUCCCAGAUCUGAUGCCUGCAGUGCAUAUUUUCAACCAUGACAGGUUUUCUUUCUUCUUCUUAAUUUAUUAAGAAUUAAUCUCAGUCACUAUCUAGAGAGGAUUGUCAGAAUAUUCAUGAUUCAGGUCUUGAAACUUGAUUAGCCUAUAAGUUAUGCAAAAGAAGGUGUAUAAUAAAUAAUUAUGAUUCAGUUUUUUUAGGCUGUGGAACUUCUGUAAAUGUUCUCAGUACUACUAGAUACUUUAAAAAGCAUCGUAGUAGUAAUACUUUAAGAUUUGUAUAAGAAUAUAAGAAGAUUGCUGAAUUUUACAGAGGAUUUCCUUCAAUAAGACCCACAUUCUAUAAGUUUUCAUUCUGAAAUCUGAAUAAAUAUAUUCUCCAUUUUUCUAGAAAUCUUAUACAAUAAAUCUUUCAGGUUGUGCAAAAGCAAGUUCUUAGCUUUCCUCAGAAACUGUGGAUCUGAAUUACAAUCAUAAAUUUAUAUAAUUUAACUGUUAGAUGGUCUAGAAAAAAUGACAUCUUAUUAAAAUAUGUGCAAUAUUAUUAAUGGAAAUCAAACAGUUUCAAGUCAGUGAUAAAAAUUGUUAUUAGAAGAUAGUCAACUUAUUUGGGCUUCAAAUUCCUCGUUUAUACAAUAAGAGGGUUGGACGGCUGAUUCCGAAGGUCCCUUCCACAUCUGAGCUCCUCUCCUCCCAGUGCCUGGAUCAGAGAGAAAUGAGCUGCUCUUACUCAGUAAGUUCACCCUCUCAUGGAAAGAUCAGUGUUCGGUGCCUGUUAAUUCUGAGGGAUUAAUAAAAUAGAAAGUCACAA